AUGUGGUCCCAUUCGGCAAAGAAAUCACCUUUGAAGUGCAUACCUUCUACUUUCGCACGGCUCCUAUCCUCGAAGAGAAUGGCUGCUCCCAGCGGUACAUCAGACGUGCACGUUUUUGCUUCUCGGUCGUUGGCCCUGCCUGAAACCGAAGACGAUAUCAGCGUGCGUCACAAAUACCGUCCGUUCCUGCUCAAAGAAGACAACGACUGGGUCAGCAAGCUGGAAUUGACAACGGUCCUCGGCCUGGCCGAAAAAGACCUGCGCCAGACAAACAGCCGCCUGAGAGUUCUCGUACUCUAUGGCAGCCUGAGGAGACGCUCAUAUUCCCGCCUGGUGGCAUUUGAAGCCUCACGCAUCCUCUUCCGUCUUGGUUGUGACGUCCGCGUCUUUAACCCGGAAGGUUUGCCCGUGAAGAACGAUACCGAUCACACCCACCCUAAAGUUCAGGAACUCCGUGAGCUUAGCGCGUGGAGCGACGGACAUGUCUGGAUCUCUCCAGAGCAGCACGGGAAUCUGACUGGAGUAUUCAAGAACCAAAUCGACUGGAUCCCACUAAGCACGGGGAGCAUUCGUCCAACUCAAGGCCGAACCCUUGCUAUUGGGCAGGUCUGUGGUGGGUCACAAUCAUUCAACGCAGUCAACUCGCUGCGGAUUCUGGGACGCUGGAUGCGCAUGUUCACCAUACCAAACCAGUCGUCCAUACCGCAAGCGUAUACACAUUUCCCAGAAGAGGGAGAACCGGGCGACCAGCGGCUCAAGGCAAGCAGUAACAGAGAUCGACUGGUGGAUUGUAUGGAGGAAUUUGUCAAGUAUACGAUACUAAUGAGGCCACACAAGGACAUCUUCGGGGAUCGGUUCAGCGAGCGUGAGGAGAGGAGGUUGAAGGAAGCUAGGGAGAUUUUAAGUAAAUAA